AUGCCACCACGAAGGGCUGGCAGGCCACGAGGCCGAGGACGUGGAAGGGGCCGAGGACAAGCCCGGAACAACCUUCCAAUCUAUGAAGGGGAAGUGCAAGAGGAGUGGAAUGAGGUGACACCACCUCCAUCACCAGUUCCACCACCGUCAACACCCCCACCACCCCAACCGCAGGACCGUCGGGUCGAGGAAAUGUUUCUAAGACAGAACCCACCAACGUUUAACGGGUUAGGAGACCCAACGGUGGCAGAAACAUGGAUACGCACACUGGAGCGCAUUUUUGACUUCCUGCGUUGCACAGACCAAGAGCGACUGUCCUGUGUGACAUUUCAGCUGACUGGACCCGCAGACUUCUGGUGGGAAGCAAGGAAAAAGACUAUGUCUCCGAUGCGACUAGGAGAAAUGACUUGGGAGGAAUUUAAAACGAAAGUCUAUGAGAAGUAUAUUCCCAAGAGCUACAGGAAGAAAAAGGAGGUUGAGUUCUACCAUCUGAAGCAAGGACGAAUGUCAGUGACAGACUACCACAGAAUGUUCUGUGAGAUGGCCCGAUACGCCCCAUAUCAGGUAGACAUCGACGCAAAGAUGGCUGAGAAGUUCUGUACAGGUCUGAGACACGAGAUACGUAUGACGCUGGCUAGCCACGGAGGACUGUCCUACACUGAAACUCUAGGACGAGCACUGGACAUCGAGGCAGCCAUGCUAGGAGAAAAGACAGCCCCAGCUUUAAACUCUACUCCACCCUCAGCUCAGUCCCCGACACUCAGGGACAAGAGGAGAUGGGAGGGACCAAGAGCUCAGCCUGAUCAUAAGAAGGGAGCGUAUGGACCAUGCAGGCCACAGAAUGGCGGAUACCAAGCUACCCCUAGAUCUUUCAAGGGGAAUGUGUCAAAAUCCAGUCCGUGUCCUAGAUGCAACAGGCUGCAUGGCGGCAUCUGCAAGGUAGGGAGUGAUACAUGCUUUAACUGCGGAAGGGCUGGACACUUUGGUAAGCACUGCCCGACCAAGACUCCAGGGAUGGGAGCAAAACCUCACCCGUCAGCUCAGCGCCCACAACUGCGUGCGAUGAAUAUUCAACCUUGA